UGUAGUCCGUUUGACCUCGGACGUCGCAGAAUCAGAAUCCAUUUGCUGCCUGUUAGCUAAGCGGCCCGAAAGUUGUACAACAGGGGGAAACAGAAGAGGACAACGCCGCCGGGAGGACUCCUUCAUUCAUGUUGCGACCAUAGAGGGUCUGUCCUCAUACGAGCACCCCUCCUACGUUUGUGUUCGGUCGACUAUCACUUGGUGAAAAUGUUCUCGCUGUCGACAUCGUUUCAGCCACAGCAGAUGAUAGUGCCCCUCAGCCAGCUCAUCAAUGCCCUCAACUCCCUGAAGAACUCGGCCACCGCUUCAGUCCAGACCCUGCACAAAGACUUCGCUUCGGAUCACGGCUCCUUUCUCAAAGAGCCCGCUGUGAGUCUGAGGGAUCUUGGCCUCUCGGAGAUCAGGGCGAGCCAGCUGGACGAGCUGGUCAGCCGGCUACUGCCCACACCAGGACCACAAGAACCUCUCGCCGUCCCGUCGGCAUGGAGGACGAGUCACGUGUCCGCCAACAGCUUCUUCCACAACAAGCAUGGGUUUUCCCACAGAAGGUUGGAGGUGUUCGGCUCUCCCAUAUUCCACAGACAAUACCACAGUCCUCUAAAAGAGGUCUGCUCCCAGCUACAAUUUUUGCCUGUGUUGGUGCAGAGUCGAGGUUUCAAGACAUUUAGAUCGAGAUCCAGACGAACCGUGACUAGUGAUGACGGUUCAGUGGAGUCUGAGGGCUACACACCAUCCUUUAUGAAGGGGUUUCUCCUGAGGGAAAAGGCGGCCGAGGCACAGACGCUGGACCAACUGGUGAAACAAAAGAGCCUCCCAGAGAACCAGCAGGAGGCUUUCAAGACGGGUUUCACCGAGGGGUUCAUGAGGUCCCAGGCUUUUACUCAGCGAACACAAGAGGCGCUGAGGAGAACCAGGCUGAUCCUGUUGGCCCUCCUAAUCAUCGGGAUCUAUGGCCUUUCCAGAACCCCGUUUUUCUCGGGUAAAGGCUCCUUUUCUAAUGCUGUGAGGUUCCGCACCACAACUGGUCUGGACUCAGCGGUCGACCCUGUCCAGAUGAAGAAUGUGACAUUUGAGCACGUCAAGGGAGUGGAGGAGGCGAAGAACGAAUUGCAAGAGGUCGUCGAGUUCCUCAAGAACCCGCAGAAGUUUACCGUUCUGGGUGGAAAGCUGCCGAAAGGGAUCCUCCUCGUCGGUCCACCAGGCACGGGAAAGACUCUGCUGGCGCGAGCCGUUUCCGGAGAGGCCGACGUGCCUUUCUACUACGCCUCCGGAUCCGAGUUUGACGAGAUGUUUGUGGGUGUGGGCGCGGGCCGCAUCAGGAACCUCUUCAAGGAAGCAAAAGCGAACGCUCCCUGCGUCAUCUUCAUCGACGAGCUGGACAGUGUUGGAGGGAAGAGGAUCGAGUCGCCUAUGCAUCCGUACUCCAGACAAACCAUUAACCAGCUGCUGGCUGAAAUGGACGGGUUCAAACCAAAUGAAGGAGUCAUCGUUAUUGGUGCUACAAACUUUGCUGAGGCUCUGGAUAACGCUCUGGUUCGGCCGGGGAGGUUCGACAUGCAGGUGACCGUACCUCGCCCCGAUGUGAAAGGACGCACGGAAAUUCUCAACUGGUACCUCUCCAAGAUUAAAGUGGACACUGCCGUGGAGGCGGAAAUCAUUGCCCGGGGCACAGUGGGAUUCUCGGGUGCGGAGCUCGAGAACCUGGUCAACCAGGCGGCCCUGAAGGCGGCCGUGGACGAGAAAGAGAUGGUCACAAUGAAGGACCUGGAGUUUGCAAAGGACAAGAUCCUCAUGGGCCCUGAGAGGAAGAGUGUUGAAAUCGACAAGAAGAACAAGACCAUCACUGCCUACCACGAGUCCGGCCAUGCCAUCGUGGCCUAUUUCACCAAAGACGCAAUGCCCAUCAACAAGGCCACAAUCAUGCCCCGGGGACCAACUCUCGGCCAUGUCUCCAUGCUCCCAGAGAACGACCGCUGGAGUGAAACUAGGGCCCAGCUGCUGGCUCAGAUGGACGUCAGUAUGGGCGGCAGAGUGGCAGAGGAGCUCAUCUUUGGAGAUGACUACAUUACAACCGGAGCCUCCAGUGACUUUGAUGGUGCAACCAAAAUAGCAAAAAUGAUGGUGACCAGGUUCGGCAUGAGUGACAAGCUCGGCGUCAUGACCUACGGCGAUGUAACCAAGCAGAGUCCCGAGACACAAGCUGCCAUCGAGCAGGAAGUCAGAGUUCUACUGAAGGACUCGUACGAUCGCGCUAGAAACAUCCUGAAGACUUACAACAAGGAGCACAAGACGCUCGCCGAUGCCCUGCUGAGAUACGAAACUCUGGACGCCAAAGAGAUCCAGAUGGUGCUGGAGGGCAAAUCGCUGGACCACUAGAUACCUCGGCCGACAUUUUAGACUCUCGUAUCAUGUAUAUAUAUAGCUGUGCAACUGAGCACAGGCCUUUUGGAGGCCUUGUAUUUCAUUUUUUUCUAUCCCUCUUAUUGUCAAUGUGAAGAUGACACAAAUUAUUGUUUCGCCCUAUUUUGAUUUUUAUCUCAUGAAGUUUCAAAUGUCCUUUUGACUAUCAUUUUCCGGUAUUUCAGGUAAAGCACUUCACAGUCAAACUUGAUGAAAAUAAACUUUCUCCAUUCAUUUAAAACUGUGAUUCACAAAUAUUUGAGGUCUCAUCAAGGGCUUGUUGUACUCGACUGAAGGCAGAUGACUUCUGUAGUAGUUCUAUACAUCAGAGUCAUAUUUGGUAUCAAAGUUAAGGAUCUAAGGCAGAUGACCUGGACACAGAUCAUGGUUAAUUGGGAUGAAAAAUAUUGAUUUAAUUUCUUGUGUCUAUGUCUCUCAUUUUUAAUCCGCACAGACUGGUGAACACCACAGGACCUUAAAGAACCUCAGUACAGAAUGUACCGUUUGGUUGUAGCAGAGUACAGUUGAUGACAAUGAUCCCUGUUGAACUAUUCAUAUUAGAGUGUUUUUUCCUCUAAAUUAUAUAUUUCAUUUGCUUUUCCCAUAUCUACUGUAUGUUCUUAUUUAUUUAAGUGCCCAAAGGUGUGUCGUCCUAUUCUGAAAUUAUUUGUAAUCGAUCAUGUCCAGUUCUAAAUUCACCUGCAACUGGUAAAUGAGGGGAUGUGUGUAUAUACUGUAAGAGUGUACAAGAAUUGGCUUUGUGCUUCUGUUUGUUCCUUUAGACAAUGGCCUUCUUGAAGCUCAAAUAAAGGUUUCUCUUACUCA